GUCUCUGUGACGCUCUAAAUGUUUUAAAGCUGCUGGACAGUCAGAGGGUCUUCAGCCCGGGGAGUCUUAUUUUAAAGCCCCACCUAAACGACCUGAUCUGCAGCCAUGAUCUGCAUCCUGCUGGUAGCCGGCCACGGCACAGUUUUAGAGACACAGAUCAAGAAUGAUGACACAGGUUUAUACAACCAUCUGACUGGUGUACCCAAGGCUUUGCUUCCUGGGAUUGGGGGAAAGAAGAUCCUGGAUUUCUGGUGGGAGACUGUCAACGUGCGGCAGCUCUUCACUGAGGUCUACCUGGUCACCAAUGCAGACAAGUAUAAGCACUACGAGCGCUGGGCCACAGCUAAUGACUUCCCAGUGGAAAAUGUUGUCAACGAUGGCAGCACCACCUUGAAGGACCAGCUUGGGGCCGUGGCCGACCUGGAACUUGUCAUACGGAGUCGCAAGCUGGAGGAUGAAGUUGUUGUGAUCGCUGGAGACAUGCUGUGUUCUGAUCAGAACUUUGACAUCGCUCAAGUUAUCCGCUUCUUCAGGUCCAAGCCUGGAGAGCUGAUCAUCUAUUAUGAGCUGGAGGAAGGUGAGAGGAGCAGCUCCAGGGGUAUUGUGGAAGUCUGUCCUGAGACCCACAGGAUAACUCGCUUUUUGGAAAAACCUGAGGAAGAGCGGACAACGUCCCGGCUGGCCAGUGUGGUGUUUUACUGCAUCCGUGGAGAAACGCUGUCCUACAUGUCCGACUUCCUCAGCCUACAGCCGCAAGCGUCUGAGCGGACCUUCGGACUGUUCUGGGAGUGGCUCAUCAAUGAGAAGCAGCUCGACGUUUUUGGCAUGAAGCUUCCCACUGGCUUCCAGCUCAUUGGACAAGUGGGCCUGUCCGACUACACAAAGUGGCUCACUCACUACUCCACCAAGAAACAGGACAACCCUGCGGAACCAAUCACAUGCCGGUCAUAUGCCAGGGUUGGAUUAAUGGGAAAUCCCUCAGAUGGCUUCAAUGGGAAAACCAUCGCCAUGACCAUCUCUAACUUCUGGGCUGAGGUUACUCUGGUGGAGAGCCAGACUCUGGUUUUAGUCCCUCAUCCCCUGAAUGACCCCACAGAGUUCGGCAGUCUGCAGGAUCUGUUCUGUAUCAGCAGGAGGGAGGGGUAUCUUGGAGGUCUGCGGCUGCUGCAGGCUACGUGUAAGAAGUUCUACCAGUUCUGCUCCAAACGAGGCAUUGCUUUGACAAAGCAGAACUUCACCCUGAAGUACGACACCAAUAUUCCUCGACAAGUGGGCCUAGCUGGAAGCAGUGCCAUCGUAUCAGCAACUUUAAAGUGUCUCAUGAAAUUCUACAACAUCACUGACAAUGAUCUGCCCAAACCAAUCCGAGCCAACUUCAUCCUCAGUGUGGAAACCGAUGAGCUGUUCAUUACAGCUGGCCUGCAGGACAGAGUGGUGCAGGUGUAUGAAGGUUUGGUCUACAUGGAUUUCAGCAAGAAGCUCAUGGAUGAGCAAGGCUAUGGGAACUAUGCUUCCAUGGACAUGAGUAACCUUCCACCAUUCUGGCUGGCCUACCUGAGUGACCCCAGCGACUCUGGACGCAUCCACAGCAACAUCCGGCAGCGCUGGCUUAGCGGAGAAUCAGUGGUUGUUGAGGCCAUGAGGUCCUUCGCUGAGCUCACAGACCAUGCAAGGACAGCAAUUAAAGAGAGAGACUGGAGUCGUCUGGCGCAGCUGAUGGACCAGAACUUUGAGCUGCGCAGGUCAAUCUACACCAAUGACUGUCUGGGUCCUGGGAACCUCAGGAUGGUUCAGCUGGCGAGGCAGUUUGGCUCAGCUGUGAAGUUACCCGGCAGUGGGGGGGCCGUGGUGGGUCUGUGUCUGGACCAGGCAAGGCUGGUGGAGAUGAGGCACGCGUUCCAGGAGGCAGGCUGCGUCUUCUGUGUCAUCGCACCGUACAACCCAUCUGCCAGCUCCGUUGGAGGCCUUCACUAACCUGACCCAUCCCGCCGCUGAUCAGUGGGGCCACUCGAGGCCAAAUCCCGGUCACCGCUGAGAAAUAUUCCACAGCAAAUGACCAUUUAUUGGACAGCCAGUCCUGUUGUUAACCUCCAGGAUGCUUUGAUUGGCUUUAUUGUAACAAUAGACUGAGAAGAUCAUGAUCAGCUGCAUGUAAUGACAUGAGAGAUGAAUUAGAGAAAUAAUUAGUGAGGCUACUGAGGCUUCGCUUUUAAGGAACAACAGGACAGACAUUGGAAGCAGUGAUUCUGUAUCUAGAAUGAGCAACAUGAGGAUGCACAGUUAGGAAAGAUCAUUUAAUGUGAAGUUGGUCAAAUUAUUGUCAACAACGAUGUAAAAUGAUGCCAUCACUUUCUACAUGUAAUAUUUAUUCAUCGAUAUUACUAUUAUUUUACACCCAUUAAAUCGAUUUUAACAGCA